AUGGAAAUAAAUGAAUUCCUAACUUUUUUUAUUAUUUUAUUUAUUUCUUUAAGUGGAAUUUAUUCUAAGGAAAAUAGUGAGAAUAUUGCAGAAUCGCAAAUCAACGAAGAUAACUUAAUUGGAGAUUUUGAAAUUGAAGAUAAAGAUUCACGCUCUUUAAUAUCUUUAGGCAAUAUUCAAAAUGAUAUUUGGAAUGAUCGUUUUGCAAAUGGAUUUUCAUGCAUCGAAUUAGAAGAUAAUCGUUCUGGAGUAAUACAUUUGUUAAAUAACAACUCAAAAAUUAAGCUUGGAAAAGAUGAAUAUGCUAUUACUUCUUCUAAUAUGCCAGAUUAUGAUUCUCUAAUUGUGUUUGUUGAAAAUGUUCGUCUUGGAUUGAAUUCAAAUGAAGAAAAUAACGAAAUAAAGGACCAGAAUUUAUUAAUAGUCACUAAUGAAACAGAAAAUGAAAUUUUAAUAAAAUCAAACAGAUUAUCAAAUGGGUUCGUUUGUAUGGGUAUUUUAAAUGGAACUGAGAUAUGGAGUAGAGAAUUUUGUGAAAAUCUUCUGGAUUUUAAAAUAAAUGAAACUACAUGUAGUUGUAAAGGAUCCUUUAUUUACUCUUUGGUUGACUCAAAAGAUGAAUACAGAGCUCUCCAAAGUCAAUAUAACAAUUUUAACUUUCCAGGCUUGACUAAUAAUGAAAAUACUGAAGCUAACCAUGCGAAUGAUGCUUAUUUGAGCAGAGUAUCAAGAAGUUAUAAUCCAAAUUCUAAUCAUGGUGACAAGGUUCCAUUUCCACCUUUACAUGGAAGUAUUGGAGGGAGAAGCAGUAAUGUAAAUGCACAAAAAAAAGAAACUUCAAAAAAUUCACCUAAAAAUCAGAUAAAUUUUGAACAGAAUGAAUUAAUGCAAUACUAUCACUCUGUUCCAACUAAUAAGUAUGUAAUAAAUAACUUAGAUAAUGAACAUAUCUAUGAUAAAUCAAGACUGAAUGAGCUUAAUCAUAAAAAUUCAAUUAAUAAGGAAAUUAACCAAGUUAAUUCAAACCUCAUUGAUAAAAAUAAUUCUCAAAAAACCCCAUGGAAUACAAAAAAUUCGGUUUCUAAUAAUAAUAUUCAUACAGAUGUUUCAAAGCCAAAAGUGGAUUCAAUUACUGUAAACCUGGAGCUCAAGAACAUUAGCUUUGAAUCUCUUAACAAUCAAAAUUACAAACGUAACUUCGAAAGUAAAUUUAUCAAUUCUCUUUCAAGAGCUCUAAAUAUAUUAACUAAUAAAUUUCGAAUUAUUAAUACUUGGAAUGAAGAAAAUCCAGCUUUAAGAGGAACCAACUCUAGAUCUAUCGGAGUUACUGUAAAUAUUAUAACCUCCGUACCAGAUGAGGUCAUUAGCAAAGUAAAGAAUUUGAAGUCUCAAAUUUGUGAAUUUAGCAAAAUCUUUGAAUUUUAUCUAAUUUCAAUCUCAAAAAAUAUAGGAUCAAAAUCUAUCAGCAAUGAAAUAAUUGCAGAUAGAUCUGAGGAGAAAAAAAAGAAAGAAAUCACCUAUGAUGGAAAAUCUCUUCGAACACUACCUAUAAUAUUUACAAUGGAUCUAAGAACUAUAAAACCUCAUAUAAACCAGAAAGAAGCAUUCGCAUUACUUGAAGAUGAACUUUCAAGAUCUAUAAAAAUUCCAAAAUCGUCUAUAGAUAUUCCAGAAUUUACAUAUAAACAGUUAAAUGACCCCUUUACCAGUGAAGAAUACUUAGUUAUACAUACAGAAAUCUGGGUUCAUCCUGAAAAGCAAUUAAGGGAAGAAUAUACUACAUUACUGACGAAUAUCUACUCAAAUAUUAUUCAUAAUAAAAGAUCCUCUUUUUCAAAAAUAUUUUUAUGUAAUAAACAUGAAAUCAAGGAGAUACCCCAUAUAAAAGCACAACCAACUAGAGAUGAACAAAUAUUUAAUCAAAAUGAAAAUCUUCAGAAGUCUUCAGAAACUAAAACAAAUUUGAACAAAGAAAGCAGACCUGUUGAUGAAGGUAGAAUUAGCAAAAUUGGAGGUUUCUACCAAAUUAAUCAAAAUAGUUAUAAAAAUCCUAAUAACUCUCAAACUAUUAAAAGUGAGUCUAUUGGGAGAACUCCCCAAAGCUUAUACAGUCAAAACACCAGUGAAAACGCACAAAUAAACCCAGUUGUUUAUCUAUUUAAACAAUAG